CGGACAUUUUAGUAAAACCAGCGGGAAAUAUAACCACCACAAACAAACGGCUCCUCUGCUUUUCUUUUAUUUUUCUUCUUUUUUUUAAUUAAAAAAAAGAAAUUAUUUUCAUGGCUACCAAGCUCUCCUUGACAUUCCGAUUCCCUGUAGAGAAAUCCCCAAAACCAAGAAAAUCAAAAUCGGGAGUUCCACAGGUAAAUUGUUGUAAUGGGUAUGGGUUCUCCAAGAACAACUCAGGCUUUAAAGGACAAUUAUCGAUGAAAGUGAAUGCUGUGCAAGAUGAAGCAAUUCAGUCUUCAAAUUCAGAAACUACCCUUCUUUCCCAAACAAUUCCUCCUUCUUCCUCUAAGCUUGUUCUUGUCGUAGGCGCCACCGGUGGCGUCGGGCAGUUGGUAGUGGCAUCUUUGCUGAAUCGGAACAUCAAAUCACGCCUACUUUUAAGAGAUCCUGAGAAAGCAAUUUCUCUGUUUGGUAACCAAGAUGAAGAGAAGCUACAGGUUGUUAAAGGGGACACUCGAAACCCAGCAGAUCUAGAUCCAUCUAUAUUUGAGGGGGUUACACAUGUGAUUUGUUGCACUGGAACAACUGCAUUUCCUUCCAAGAGAUGGGAUGGAGAUAAUACGCCUGAAAGAGUAGAUUGGGAGGGUGUAAGGAAUCUUGUAUCUGCAUUGCCUUCAUCAUUGAAGAGAGUAGUUCUUGUUUCAUCAGUUGGUGUGACCAAGUUCAAUGAACUACCAUGGAGCAUUAUGAACAUUUUUGGGGUUCUAAAAUAUAAAAAGAAAGGGGAAGAUUUUCUUUGUGAGUCUGGCCUUCCAUUUACCAUUAUCAGAGCUGGUAGAUUGACAGAUGGACCUUACACAUCAUAUGAUCUUAACACUUUGCUUAAAGCCACUGCUGGACAACGCCGUGCAGUUGUCAUUGGUCAAGGAGAUAAUCUGGUGGGAGAAGUAAGCAGACUUGUGGUUGCUGAAGCUUGCAUACAAGCAAUGGACAUAGAAUUUACUGAAGGCAAAAUUUACGAAAUCAACUCAGUUGAGGGCGAAGGUCCAGGAACAGAUCCAGAAAAGUGGGAGGAGUUAUUUAAAACAGCACGAGCGUAGUCCACAUGAUUCAUCACCAUCAACGAAAGACAUGUUGUAAGAGUGAAGCACUAAUAUAAUAUGAUUGCUUUAUUCACCGUAUCGGUUUCUAAUGUUUGAUAUAGGACGAGAACUCAAGAAACUUGAAUCGGUCUCUAAUGUUGGUGAUAUGGUUAAAUCUGAUAUGGGACUCCAGUAUUAAAA